AAGCAGACCAAUGGUGGGAUUGCCGUCUUCACUAGCGGUGCAGUGCUGUCAGACGCACCUGGGUUCCAUUGGCAUCAUGAAUCACAAAAUGUUUUCCUAAAAGUAAUACAUAACCCUGAACUGCUUGGCCCUCAUACAGAAACAUUUGACCUUGCUGCUCCCGGGGAUUGGGUAAACUUCUUCCUUUACGUUGGGGAGACGUACGGCGGCGUUAUUGUACCUGAUGAUGACAAUCGCAACCUCAAAUCCACGCUGAUCCCGAAACUCAUGGCAUUCAAGGAUCGCUUCGAUGUUCGUUUCAAGAGAGACUAUCAGGCACCUGAAUUAGGUUCAUGGGCAGACUCUGAGAAUCAGCUACCAACUCCUGAGCAAGCAUAUUUUCUGCAGGCAAACAAGAGCCCACGAUGGAUCUUGGGUGGUGUCCUCUCCAGGCCUUUCAUUCAUGCGGAACAAACUGGAGAAAAAUUCGCUAUUUUGAGCAUAGAAUCAUCAAAUUUUUGCGAUGUAUUGCAGCAAGCAUUAUCAUGUUGGCUAACAUUGAGUGGAGUUGACUACUGCUUUUGUGUUCAAGAGGGGCUGCUUCGGGUGCAAUUGCAAUCUAGUAAUGGCUGGAAUGAGGAACUGAUCAAGCAAGCUGGUGAAAGGUAUGAUGGUUUCGUCAUACCAGACGUCCCUGUAACUGCUGGUGGUCAUGCAAUACUUACUGCUUAUCAAAGCUGA